UUCUUUUCCCCCUCCACCAUUCCACCCAUCCAUGGACGUCAGCGACACGAGCUCAAGCCUGGCCGAGUGGGCUCAGCUCUACCAGCACGGCCUCGGACCGCACCCGGCGGCCACGCCGGCCGUUUCCGGCGGCGUGUCGGCCGGAGCCGACUCGACGGUGGUCACCACGACAUCGAGCCCGGCUAUCACCGGAUCGAGCAGCAGCCCGGCUUCGCACCCGGCCAUCGAGGGCCGGGUGGGGAAGUCUGCCCGCCGGCGAUCCAGGGCCUCCAGAAGGGCUCCCACCACCCUUCUCAACACCGACACCACCAAUUUCCGGGCAAUGGUGCAGCAAUUCACCGGCAUCCCCUCAGCAACGUAUUCCUCAAACUAUCAACCCGGCAACGGACCGAUGACAAGUUUUGGUCUUGGUUUCAACGAUCCUAUUCGUCAGACAGCCACCGUGAUGCCUUUUGGACACCUCCAGCAUCAAUUCCAAGGGCAAGCUUUGCAGCACCAACCGCAGGGCCAGCAACAGCAACAGCAACAGCAAAUAUACGAUGGUAGUAUGUUUACGGUAGGCAAUCAUGAAAGGAAUGAUGGUGUUUUUCUUCAAGGGUUGAGCAACCCAAGGGCUAACUUGGAGGUGACGGAUGGCUUUUUCUUGGAGACUAUUUCCAGCCAAAUGAUGCCAAGGCCAGCCUCCACUGACAGCAGGACCCAUGGAUUCUUUUCAUGAGGAAAAGUUACUUGGGAGAGGUUACCUUUUGCUUUUGUAAGAGAGGAGAGGAGGAGGAGGGGGAGGGAGAGAGAGAGAGAGAGAAGCAUAUUGACCCAUGUAAAUAUUAUUAUGAUAUAAUAUUA